AUGGCCCAGCUGCUGCGGUGGUUCAAGGCCGACUGCUUCCGCUGGGUGGACCGCCUCCCGUGCGCCGCGUGCGGGUCCGCCUCCACCGAAGACGGUGGGCCCCUGGAGCCGUCCGAGGCGGAGCGUGCGCGUGGUGCCGACCGGGUCGAGGCGCACAGGUGCCGGGACUGUGGGGCCGUCGGGCGUUUCCCGCGGUACGGCGACCCCCUGACGCUCCUCGAGACGCGGCGCGGCCGAUGCGGGGAGUGGGCGAAUUGCUUCACCCUCCUUGCGGCGGCGCUCGGCUUCGAGGCUCGCCUGGUGUUGGACUGGACCGACCACGUCUGGACGGAGUUCCUGGGGCAGGACGGGCGCUGGCGCCAUUGCGAUCCCUGCGAGGGGCGCAUGGACUCCCCGCUGCUCUACGAGGCGGGCUGGGGCAAGGAGCUGACCUACGUCUUUGCCUUCUCGCCGGCGGAGGUCGUGGACGUCACGCCCCGCUACACGGCCGUGUGGCCCGAGGUCCUCGCGCGCCGCGGGCCGGCCUCCGAGGCCGACCUCGCGGGCGUCGUGGAGGACCUCGACGCGCGCGCCCGCGCAGGCGCCGCGCCCCCGCCCUGGCGGGCGCCCGAGGCCCGGGAGCUCGCUGCGGCCCGCGGCCCGGGCGCGGGCCGGGAGGCGGGCGCCGCAGAGCUCGCGGGGAGGGAGACGGGCUCGGUGGACUGGCGGCUGGCGCGCGGCGAGAUGGGGCCUCGGGCCGCGGCAGCCUCGCUGGGCGGCGAGCCGGGCGCACUGCUGGCGGCGGCCGCCAGGCCCGGGGCGGCGGUGGUCGGGAGGCUCUGCGGGGGCGCGCGGCUCUGCUGCGUGGGCGGCGUGCCCGCCCUGGAGCUGCUGGCGCCCGGCGCCUGCGUCGAGGUGGAGGGCCUGCCGCAGCAGGUGGGCGGCGUCUGCGCGGCCACGGGCGACGGCGCCUUCACCGUGGAGGCCUGGCUGCGCGCCCGGCCCGCGGAGCUGCGGCCCGAGGGCUUUCAGAACCCGCUGUUCUCGCAGCACGGGCCGGGCUCGGGCUGGGAACUCCGGCUGUUGCGCCGCGGCGUGGUUUGCUUCCUCGUCACCGUGGACGGCGUCCACCAUGAGGUCGACGCGGGCGCGGCGCAGUGGCCGCCCGACGGCUGGGUGCACGUCGCCGGAGUCUUCACCGGCGAGCGCGCGGAUGUGUUCGUUGGCGGCCAGCGAGCGGGCGCGCUGGACGUGCCAGCGGGGCGGCGCAGCCACUUCGAGGGGCCGCCGUGCCUGGGCAGGAACCCCGCGUGGCGCGACCGCGGCGCGCGGUGCCUCGUCGCAGCCGCGCGCACCUCUCGGGCGGCGCUCGAGCCGCGGGGCUUCCUGCCCGCCCCCCGGGGCGGCAGUGCGCAGGAGUGA